CAAUCUCUCUUGACUGCAAGAAGAAUUCAAUUCCUGAAACAUUCAUCAUUAAAAUGGCUCAGCUCUAUCGCGUCGAAACAUCGUCAAAAUCUCAGAGAGAUCGUGGCAGCAGCACGGAGCAGCAGCAACAUUUGCAGCACCAUCCCCCUCGUAUUGCAACAGGCCAUGAGCAUCAUCCGAACGAAGCAACUGCCAGGAUAUUGGCAACGGAAGUAACACCGCCGGCCGUCAAGCAUCCGCAAAAUGAAGCUAUUGCAAGAAUAACAACGGUUGCAACCCCAACCAAGCAUCAUCAAAAUGAAGCUUCGGGGAAGACGGUGACUGUUGUAACUCCGACUACGCCAACGACGCCUAUGUUUGGGAAGAACCAUGAUCAAGAAGAAAUAGAUCAUAUAACUCACAGCCCAAGCAACAAAAAAUCAGUUAUCGCAAAGGUUAAAGAGAAGGCUAAGAAAUGGAAACAUAACCUUGUUAAUAAGAAAAAACACCAUAACAAUUCCUCGCCGUCUGCGUCGCCGGGUACUGCUACGCCUACUACUCCUCCACCUCCUGCGUGGGGUGUGGCAUUAGACGACGAUGAUUAUAAUGAUGCGGAAGAAGACGAUGACAAGAAUCAUUACCAUGUUGAACAUAAAGAAGCUGCUGUAGAACCUGCAGAAUAUCUUGGUGCACCAAUGUAUCAAUCAGAACGUGCGAGUAAUGAUCCCGGCAAACAUUCGGAUAAACCUGCAGAAUGCCUUGGUGCACCAAUGUACGGAUCAGAACGUGCGAGUAACGAUCAAGGAAAACAUUCAUAUAAACCUGCAGAAUACCUUGGUGCACCAAUGUACGGAUCAGAACGUGCGAGUAACGAUCAAGGAAAACAUUCACAUAAACCUGCAGAAUACCUCGGUGCACCAAUGUACGGAUCAGAACGUGCAAGUAACGAGCAAGGAAAACAUUCACAUAAACCUGCAGAAUACCUCGGUGCACCAAUGUAUGAAUCAGAACGUGCAAGUAACAAUCAAGGCAAUCAUCUGGACAAGCAUGUGGCAAGUCAUGCAGUUCUUCAACCUUUAGUCUCAGAUAAGCAUAUUUUGGAAACUAAAAAUACUCCUAUUCUUCCUGUGAAGACUACUGCUCCACCCAUUGUUUCUAUGACGACUACGCCGCCACCAGAUAAUUCUGCGAUUACUAUUCAUGUUGAGAAAGAACCUCAGAGUAAGAAAGAAAGCCCCAGCAAAACAAUAACCGAAACUGUAACAGAAAAAUUUGGACCAGCUUAUGCUAAGGUUUCUGAAGCAACCCAGUCACUCGCAUCAAAAAUUCAAAAUGCAGCAAUGCCAGCGUCAAGUGCAUCGUCCACAUUACCGAUAACGAGCAGCCGAGAUGAGACAAGGAGUGGUGAGAAGAGAUGGGAUAAAGGUGUCUCAGUGAGACAAUAUUUUAUCAGUAAGCUGGAACCAGGAGACGAAGAAAAGGCACUUUCUGAGGUGAUAUCUGACGCAAUGAGCCCGAAAACAAUCACUGGAGAUACAGGUGUUGUUGAGAAAGUUAGAGAAGCUGUUUCUUCUAUGCUCGGUGUUGAACAAGCAUCACCUACAUUGCCUGAACGUAUUCCAGUAUCUACAAAUCCGCAAGAAGUUUUCGUAGAAGAAAAACACGAAAGGCGACUCCAAGCCAACUAACAAGCUAAGUACCAUCCCUGAAUCCGGAGGGAGAAAGCGAAAAGUUUUGCUGAUUAAAGAUUGGAUUAACCAUAUAUAAUAUGCUGUACUAGUAAAUAACUAAGCUAGUUGCAAGCUUCCUGUAAUUUGCAACAAAAGUUUUGAACAUAUUUCUGUAACGAUAAACUCGACUUGACAUGUACAUAACUGGUAUAGUCAUUGUCAAAUUCUGUAGCGCGCUAUCUAUGCGCUCGAAAUAAGAUACUACCACAGUAGAUUUGUGUAAAAA